UGGUUGUUGGACGUUGAUUAUUUCCGCAGCUCCAGCUUCGGAAGAGCCGGUGGGUCAGAGGUUUUCGGAGGGACUGGGCCCAGCAGCCCCCCAGUUGAAGUGGGUCGGCAUCCUCUGCCUUCCGGGCAGGGACAGCCGACCUCCCUGCUGCUUCUCGACUCAUCGGGAUCUGUCACGAACACGCGUGGCCAGGCCACCCCUGCCCUGCGCGCUCCCUUGAUGGUCGGGGCUUCAGAGACCUUUUCAAGUUAGCUGCAACAUGGCAUAGGGGAAAAGCUCAGCGGGGAUUGUGGAAGGCCAGGUUCUAGCUCUGGCCCUACAGUUAACUAGAGGGAAAAAAAGACCUGGCGAUCUGCUUGCAUAAAGAUUACAGUCUAGGAAGCCCUAUGGAGCAGUUCUACUCUGUCAUAUAGCGUCACUAUGAGUAGGAAUCAACUUGACGGCACCUAAAACAACAACAGCUAUAUCUUAGAAAAACCAGGAGGUGCCAAGAAGUAUAAAAAUGCUAACUUUCAUACCUUUCAUGGUGGUCAGUCCACACUGUCUAAAAUGGAGUCCUACAUUAAAAAUGACUCUGAUCUCUUAAUAUUUGUAUUGUAAUUUUUCUUAACUUUAGAGGAAUCUUCUAGGAACUAAACCUGCUUAUUGUGAAAAAACCUUUCUCCCCAGAGGUCAUCAGUUUCUUUAGUUCACUUUAUUUUUUUUUUUUCUUUUUCUGCUGUUGCAUUCAAGUAAAAUUAAAUGUUGUUUUUAUUAAAAAUAGCAUAUCUAAUAUGAUCUCAUUGUUAUAAAAUUAUUUCUGUGUAUCCUACUUAUAUGUAUACAUAGAUGAAAAGUAUUUCUGAGUGAUAGAAUUUGGUUUGAUUUUAUUCCUUUUACAUUUCUGUAUUGAGAUUUUUACAAUGAAUAUAUAGCAUUUUACAAAAACGCUAUUUAACAAAAGGGAGAUUUGGUUAUUACAUUCUUUACAGGGAGAGUUCUGGAUUUUAGUAAGUAACCCAAAAGUUGUUGAGUAAUCAUUACUAACGUAAAUUUGUAGUCAGGAAAUGAAUACUUGUUUGCCAUUAGGGUGGUUUUAUGUUGGUUUAGUAAGAUAUGUUAUCCCUGUAGAGGCAAUGUGUGUGGUAUCUUUAUAAUUAAGUUGCUUUGCUUUGAAUUCUGGCACUACCAGCAUGACCUCAGUAAAGUUGCAUGGGUCCCUGUCAUCGUCUACUAAAACUGAGUGUUAAAUUUAUUUCACAAGAUUUUUGUAAAGAUUAAUAUAUGCAUUUACACAGCCUAGUCCACUGCCCAGAACCCAGAGUCUGGUCAGAAAAGAACAACUGUUAUUACUGUUUUAAACUUGCAGAUGUGACUGAUUGUAUAUACGCGUGUCCUUUUUAAAGUCUAUAUAUUAUACUUUUGUUUGUAUAUAAAUUACUUAAAGUGCUCUGCAAUGGACUUUUCUCAGGAUUGAACUUCUUGUUCUGGAAGCUGUGUAUCAUCAUAAUGAGGCUUGUAAUUCUUGAUAACUAUGACUUGGCUAGUGAAUGGGCAGCCAAAUACAUCUGUAAUCGCAUCAUUCAGUUCAAGCCUGGACAGGAUAGAUAUUUUACCCUGGGUUUACCAACAGGGAGUACACCUUUAGGAUGUUACAAAAAACUAAUAGAAUAUCACAAGAAUGGAGACCUUUCUUUUAAAUAUGUGAAGACCUUUAACAUGGAUGAAUAUGUAGGACUUCCCAGAAAUCAUCCUGAAAGCUAUCAUUCUUAUAUGUGGAAUAACUUUUUUAAGCAUAUUGAUAUAGAUCCUAAUAAUGCUCAUAUCCUUGAUGGAAAUGCUGCAGAUUUGCAAGCAGAAUGUGAUGCAUUUGAAAAGAAAAUUAAAGAAGCUGGAGGAAUAGAUCUUUUUGUUGGAGGAAUAGGUCCAGAUGGUCAUAUCGCUUUCAAUGAGCCAGGAUCCAGUUUAGUAUCAAGGACAAGAUUAAAGACUCUAGCAAUGGACACCAUUUUGGCAAGUGCUAAAUAUUUUGAUGGAGAUUUGUCGAAAGUGCCAACUAUGGCUCUAACAGUUGGUGUGGGGACAGUGAUGGAUGCUAGAGAAGUGAUGCUCAUGGUUUUUCAGGUAAUGAUCCUCAUAACAGGUGCACACAAGGCAUUUGCCCUGUACAAAGCAAUAGAAGAAGGAGUCAAUCACAUGUGGACUGUUUCAGCUUUCCAGCAGCAUCCCCGAACAAUUUUUGUAUGUGAUGAAGAUGCUACUUUAGAAUUAAGAGUUAAAACUGUGAAAUACUUUAAAGUACACCAUCCUCGAUGUAGUCCACUCACCUCUAUCACACAUGUCAAAAUAGUGGAAAAGAAUGUGCCAGAUGAACAGACAGGGUAAUACCUUGGAGAAAUAAAGCUGUCGUAGCAAAGCAGCAGUUCUGAGCCCCUUGAAACUACCACAGAAGAUCAAAAUCAAGAUUUUAGAUGUAAUUAAAAUAUAUUAAAACCGUGUCAUUGUUCAAAUGUGUUGUCAUACUGAAGCUCUUCGAAGAAAAGAACUGCUCCUACUUAUAGUUAUUCCCAAAGUACCUUAAACUAGACCUUCACUAUGUUUCAUAAAUAAUUGUAAACUGAUAUUUGUGGGUAGUUAAAACUAAACAUACAGAAACAUUUCUAUAUUUUUCAAUAAACUUGACUAUUUUUAAUUAGAUGGGGACUGAUGUUCUAUCUUAGUCUUUAGCUUUCUAAAGUAAAUGAGAUGUAGUUAAAAAUUAACCAUACAAAUAGUACUG